AUGGAAGUUGAACUUCAGGCCGUAAGAGAGGAGAAAGAAAUCGCCGAUGACCCUUUAGACAAUGAUACCGAGAAAGGCAAAGAAGACCCUGACGGGGAACAAGAACAGCCACCAAAAGUGGCACCUUUCGAAAUUGCCGGCCCGACGUUUGAACGUGAUCCACCCAAAGGGUUCCUGCUGACAUCCUUUGAUGCCUUCCUGGUGGAUUGGUGUUUUACCAUUCUGAUUGGCAUCUUGGUUGUUUCCUACUGGAGAGGGGGAUGGGUGAUCUUUGAUAUUGUCUCCUGUGACCAGCCAGGCACAGCAGGAAUGCUAAACGGGGAAUCUUUUUGCUUCUUAGGCCUCGGAACGGUGGAGGACUAUCGUCACAACACAGCCGUUGAAGCCCUCAUUGCUGGGUAUACCCUUUUGAUUUCCGGGUUGCUCUUGCUCAGUUGUGGGGGCUGGCGUCCAGCAAAGACGUUUCUCCAGGGUACAACAACAAAUCUUCGACUCAAAAGAUCAUUAAUUCGCGUUGUCAUCCUCUUGCUGCUUGGUGGCGGUACCAUAUGCCUCUGGAGGUCCAUAUGGUACCUGCUAGACUAUUACGUCUAUCCCGACGAUCCAUAUUUCAGUUUUCAGCUUACGACGGCUCUAGGAGCAAUCUUGUGCAAUUGCUUGUGUGCUUCAGCGAGUAUGUUGGCUCCACCCGCAAUUUUUCUGAUGGACGGGCCCUCUCACUUGCCACCGCCAGUUGGAGUCACCAUCAUUACGUCCUUUCGCAGUAUUGCCUUCCCUGCGCAAGUAGCCAAAGAGAAAACCGCCAAAGAUCCGAUCUGGCUCGUGACAGUUGACUGCUUUAUCAGUUACGUUCUACUUCCCAUUGGCGUCGUUGGAUUCUGGCGUGGGCUGUGGGGACUGUUGGACACGUGGCUAUGGGGCUUUACUGCAUCUCAAGCCGAUGUGAAUUGGUCAAUCCUUUGGAGCUUCCUUUGGGGAUUAGCCUGUCUCUUUGUUGGCUCGGAAGAUAUGGUUCGGCACUUCAGUCCAGAAAAGGUUUUGAACAGCGAGGUUGCCGUUCGAGUUGCCAAUAUGGUUUUCGGGAGGACCGUAAACAUGAUUCUGGCCUUUGGGGCCGUGAACUAUUGGCGCGCAGUGUGGCUCUUUUGGGAUGAGUUUCUGGGAAACACGCAUCUCUGGUCUGCUAUUUUGUCACACCUCUUGGGUAUCUCCGGCCUGCUCUGCCUGGGAUGCCUCUCUUGCAUAACAGCUCCUCCAUCGACGCUUGGUGUUGAUGCCAUUGCCCAUCCAGACUGUGCCGAUGAACCUCUCUUUCACACCACACCAGUGCCCAGUGAAGUACUUUACUUCUUGUCAAUUGCUCGUCGACCAGAAUCGGUGUUGACCAAAUCUGUCAAGGGACCCGACGGCAACGCUAUUUCAGACCCAAGUCUGAUUUGCGAUCCAAAAAAUCAAGCCUCCAUGUCUCAAGAUAUUCUUCAACCCGUCAGCAAUCUGCUUGUUCGGGAGGAUCAUCUCUUUUCCGAGCAGGGCAGGUCAACGAGAUUCACGGAACAGACGUCGUCAAUGGUGCAGUCGGCCACCCGAAGCGAGUCUAGCAGCGUCCUGCGCUUGUCUGAUCGACACUUGAUCAACCGCCGGAGCAAUCAGUUCUUCCGUAGUCGCUGA